AUGGGCUUCGCUUACGGCCACAUCUGGGCCUGCCCGCCAUCUAAGGGAGACGACUAUGUGUUCUAUGGCCAUCCGGAGGACCAGAAGACACCCAAACCCAAACGUUUGCAAGAGUGGUACAAGUCCAUGUGCGACGAGGCCAAGCUCAAGAACUACAUUGCCGAGUGGAAUGAUUUAGUGGUGUAUCGGGAGAAGGAUGAGAUUAACUCGACCAUCCAGAUACCCCGGUUUAGUGGUGACUACUGGCCGGAUCUGAUUGAGCAGCAGAUUGCCAAGUUGAUGGAGGAUGCGGACGGUAAAGAGGAGGGCAACACGACGAGCGCUACAGGAAAGGCCGGCAGCAAGGCUGCUAAAAGCAACAAAAAGGCCAGCGGCAAGAAGAAGCUCAAUAAGAAGAACAACAAGGUGAUCAACCGCAAACACUCGGAGCUGGCCAGUGCGUUGUUUGAUAUGAUGGCGAAGAACAAGGACGUCUUCUUUGUGCUGCAACUGGCCAAAGAUCCCAGCAACACG